AUGCUGAAUCUUCUGCAACAGCACCUAGGAGUUAGGUGUCUAAGAAUAGACGGCAAUGUCAGCUACGCCGGAAGACUCCACAUCCUCGAGGAGUUCAGAACCACCGACGUGCUGAUCCUUUUGAUCACGCCCAGACUGGCGCUGUUGGCGGCAAACUACGUGCACAUCGCCGAAGCUCAGUGGUAUCCCUCGGUCGAAGAGCAAGCUAUUGCGCCAAACACGGGCCGUUACGAUCAUCCGAUUACGUGGUCAAGGACUUAG